GGGGAAGGGGUUUUGUGUGACCCCUCAGUGCUAUUUAAGUUGAGCUCAAGGUUCAGGAGGUACUUGGGAGGAUUUUUUUGUAUUCUGUUGUUAUAGGCUGGUUCUGGGCAGGGACAGCAUGGGGAGCUGCCUGAGCAAGCAGAUGUGCUGCGUGGUCUGCGGGAGGUGCAGGGAGCAGGAGGCAGAGGGAGCACACGGAGAGACCAGCGAGACCAAGCCCAUCCUGCAGAUCUCGGGGGAACCCCCCAUGUUCACGGACACUCAGCCCCCCACACCAGCCCUGAAAGUCCCCAGAUCAGGCUCUAAAGAUGUGCAGUCCCUGGGCCAGGCCCGAAGGCCACCAGCUGACACUCUGGAGGAGAACACGGAGACCUGCUCCGCCGCAGAUCCCGUGGGAAGGGCUGAGGGAUGGGAGGCAGCCUGGAAUCCCAUGGACUUCUUUGUGGCCCCUGCAGAUGAGGAGAUUGAAGUGGAAGUUACAGACUUAACCCAAGCUGAAGGCCAGCAAGAGGCAGUGGGUCACCCAGGAGAGAGAAUGGAAGCUGUUCCUUGUGUUCCUGAGGCUCAGCCUGUCGGGGACACAGCUCGGGGUGCUGAGCUUGUGGCAGGUGAGGAGCAGCCCCAGGAACAGGCAGAGCCUGGCAGUGAGGGUGCCCUGUGUGCUGGAAUAACCCUCCUGGAAAGAAAUAUUCUCAGCCUCAUCGAGAUUGGAAGUGAAACUGUGCCUGGCCAAGGCUGUGAGAUGGAGCCUCCUGCAGACAUUGGAGAGGUUUCCAUAGGAAGGGACUUGUCCCUCUGUGCUGGGCAGGUGGCAGAGGAGACUGAGCCCUACAUGGAGGGGAUGGACAGGGCUAAACUUGCUCAGAUAAACCCUCAUUCUGCUCAGGCUCAGCUUACCUGUCUGGUGGAGGCACUGUCUGCCCUGACUGUGCAGACUCCUUCAGAAGCCACAGCAAGUGGGAUGGCUGGGCUGUGCUCUGCCUCUCCUGAGUCUUGGGGGUCACUGUGCCCAGAAUGGGGAUCCUUGGAGCCAGCAAACCAACUGCCUGAGUUCUCAGAGCAAGAGACCCAGUGUGGUGUGCCAUCUGCCCAGGGCAUGGAGAGCCUGCACUGUGCAGGGCUCGGGGAGCUCUUACCCCAGUCCAGCCACGGGGAGCUCUGGGAGCUGGAGGAUGAGGGGAGCAGGGAAUGUGAUGCAGAAACUGUGGCAGGUGAGGCAGAGCUGCAGCACAGGAUUGUGCAGCAAACAGUGGAGCUUCCAGAAGAAGCAGAAACUUGUGUUCCAGUGCCUGUACAGCAAGAAGCUGAGUUCCCAAAUGUGCCACUCUUGCUGUCUGAAGUGCUUGGGAGUAGUGAAGAAAUACAGGGUGAAAGUGUUGAAGCUUGAGAGACCUGAAGAUCAAAUGGCUUUGUCUCAAACCUGUUCAGUGGCAAGGAUGAUGUACCUGCCUUCAGGAAUUUCAGCUACAGGAAGCAAUUAACUCAAGCUGUCCAACUCAGGACUUUGUAGAAUGCACCUCAGACCUCAGAAAGUCUUGCCAAGCAGGUGUGUGAAGUGUGCAAUAGACUUUUUUAGAUAUUCUCCUGAACUACAGCUUAGUCACAGUUCUGUUCCUCACUAUUUUCAGUGGCUGUUUUUCAGGAGGUCAUGCCUUCCUGGGAGAGAACUGGAUCACUCUAACUGUGAUUUCCCUGAGCUAGUCUUGGGCACUGCAUCUCCCAGUGUGGGGUGGUGAUGUGAGGUUUCACCUCUUCUUCUGAAGAGUCUGGGAGCAGAGUAGGAAAAUGCUCCUCUAAUCUAGUGCAGUCAGAUGUUUUCUGUGAGCCCACCAGCCACUUCCCUUGCUACCUCAGAAUAAUGAAGUGUUUGAACUACCUCCCUGUACAAUUUCCUUGUACAAGUGACAGUUCCUGCUUUAUUGUCAAUAUUGAACAAAUAUUUUCACGGGAAGAUGAUUAAAUACUACCUCUGGUUUGUUCUUUGUAUCUCUGGUAACAGUGGAAGUGUUCAUGUAAUCUGUACAGCUUAUGCAGAUGUUAAAAAUGUAGUCUUGCUCAGAAUGCAUAAGUCAGUAGAUUUCAGCUGUAAUACACUGACUUUUAAUGCUCCUAACUUUAUACUACCAAUAAAAUACUUUUAAAGAUCAUGGCAAAACCCCAAAC